CGCACAACGGCUCGCCACAAAGCCAACAAACCCAGCAGCCCCAGCCCUUUCCGCCUCCCCCCGCCUCCAAACAAGCCCCGCUCCCGUUCUGUCCCCCCGCAAAACCCUAGCUCCGUACCCGCGCCGCGGCCUCCACCAUGAAGGGCAAGGCCGACACCUCCAAGAAGGGCGAGGGCAGGCUCAAGGCCGCCGGCGGCGCCAGCAAGAGGAAGAAGGACGCCGCUGCCGCUGGCAAGCCCAAGCGCCCGCCCUCCGCCUUCUUCGUCUUCAUGUCUGAGUUCAGGCAGCAGUACAACGCGGAGAACCCCAACAACAAGAGCGUCGCCAACGUGAGCAAGGCGGCGGGUGAGAAGUGGAGAGCUAUGUCUGAUAAGGACAAAGCACCUUAUGUGGAAAAGGCUGAACAGAAGAAGAAGGACUAUGAGAAGACCAAAGCCACCUUUGAUAACAAGGAGAGUGCGACUUCCAAGAAGGCCAAGACUCAGAACGAUGAGGAGGUCAAAUCUGAGGUCGAAGAUGAGGGUAGCGAUGAGGAAAAUGAGGACGAUGAUGAGUAAAUAGUGUAUCAGAUCAUGAGGUAGCAAAUUGGGUGUUGGGUCCCCGCUUAGUGUACUAGUUUGCUAUCCUGCUAUCCUCGGUGUUAGAUGAUGAGAUUUGGAAGUAGAUGUGCGUUGUGUGUUAAGGGGGCCCUUUUAGACUUGUGGACUCAUGGUUUGAGAAGUUGCUUAGUAGUGUAUUAGCAGAGAGGAAGCUGAGAAUGCUACCAGCUGUUCCAAUGCUUUUCUCUUGCUAACCACCUGUGUAAGAACUUGUUUUCAUUCGCUAAUCUGAUGACUGCCCAGCCAUUGGUUCUUGGUUAAUUUCGUCUUAAA